AUCUUUGCCGGCUGUCAGAUGGAUUGAGCAGUGUGAUUGUGGAACUGCAUUAGACGAAAUGGGAUACCACUUGCUGACUUGUAAGAAGGGUGGUGGGCCUGUUUGGUCACACGAUUCGAUAGUAAGUGAAUGGGAUGACUGUUUGCGGCAGCUGCAGAUUCACCACAAAAAGGAACCGAGGGACAGAUACAAUGAUAGCAACAACAGACCGGACAUCGCUGUCUUUGAUGUUGGCUCUGGUGCCAAUGUGGAACUAGAUGUAGCCCUUUCACAUCCAUGGGCAUCGGACAUUGUGAGUCAGGCUGCUGAGAAAGACGGGGCAGCAGCAGCAAGAAGAGAGGACAGGAAGACAAAAAAAUACAGUGAGCUAAAGCUCGCUGGAAUGUCUUCAAUGAGAUUUGUUCCCCUCGUCAUGGAACACUUUGGUCGCUGGGGUGAAGAAGCCACAAAGUAUCUACAGGAACUAUCUCGCCGAUCAUGUGAUGAUGCUGGCAACAAUAACUGCAAUGAGUUUAUGUGCCUUUGUCGAAAGCGGUUUUCAAUAACACUACAGCGGUGCAAUGCAAAGACAAUAGCAAAAAAAAUUUCUAUUCUUACCUUUAAUAGUUGUAACACUGUAGAUGACUUUGUCACACAAUUUUACAUACAUUAGGUAUAGAUAGCAGUAUAGUUGUAGUGGCCGCAUAGAGCCUGCUUAAACUCACCUUCUCUUCAUUAGCCUGUAGUAGUGUUCAUGUUUGAAAUAUAUGAGGAUUGACAGACAGACAGACAGACAGACAGACAGACAGACCCGGAUGACGGGCGUGUAGCAUCCAAGACUUGAGGCCUUGUUGUUUUCGCCUUGCUUGUCCGUUCUCUGGCAAUGUCUUCUGCCGAGAAAUGUCCAUACGAGUCUUGUCAUGUUUCGGACACACUGAAGAGAGUUCUGUGUCAUAUCCGCGAUGCUCACGACCCGAAUCUCCUCCCAGGGGAUUUCAUCGCUCGCCUGAAUCUUCUUCAGUGCUCAUUCUGCAAAAGAUGGUACUUGAAGUUGAAACAACACACUUCUCAAUGCCGUUCUCGGAAAUCCGUUUCUGAUGGUCAA